CCCAGGCGGCUGCAAUAAUCAGAUCUUGCGGCUCCGCCUGUUGUGAUAGGCCACCAGGAAGGCCGUGGCUGGACGGCCGGAUGCUGCACACCUUUUAGCCUAGGGGUCCCCAAAUCCGGGGGCCCUGGACUGGUACUGAUCCAUGGCCUGUUAGGAACCAGGCCACAUAACGGGGUGAACUGUUGGGGGGAAGCAAGCAGGCUUCAUCUGUAUUUGCAGCCUCUCCCCAGCGCUAGCAUCAUGGGCUCAGCCCCACCACAGAUCAUCAGGCAUUAGAUUCUCAUAGGAGAACGGGUCCCUGGUGCCAAAAGGGUUGAAGACUGCUAUUUUAGCAUCUCUCCUGGGCGCCCGCUGGAGACCGCGAGAUCUUAUUCCUCAUCCAUUUGUCAUCUUAUUCUUAAUUAUAAAUCAUGGGAGAUGAAGAUAAGACAAUUGAACGUGAAGAUUUGAAACCAUCCACAGGGGUGAAUCACGCAGUCUCUACAUAUCAAGAAACACAGGAGGAAACAGUAAUGAAUCUCAAAGGUAUAGAUAGAAAUGAACCAACAGAAGGAAGUAACCUUUUGAAUAGCAGUGAAAAAAGGCUACAAGCAACAACAACUGAAUCUACUUGUUUUCAAAGACUAAGGCAAACAUUCUCUUGCCCUCCACAUGGUUCACUGGACAAAGUAAUAACAGAUGUUACCAUCGUUGUUCUUCUGUGGGCUGUAGUUUGGUCAAUAACCGGCAGUGAAUGCCUUCCUGGAGGAAACCUAUUUGGAAUUAUAAUCCUUUUUUAUUGUGCCAUCAUUGGAGGUAAACUUUUGGGGUUCAUUAAGUUACCUGCCUUGCCUCCAUUGCCUCCUCUUCUUGGCAUGCUGCUUGCUGGAUUUCUCAUCAGAAAUAUUCCUGUCAUCAGUGAUAAUGUACAGAUCAAGCACAAGUGGUCUUCUGCUUUGAGAAGCAUAGCCCUGUCUGUCAUAUUGGUUCGCGCUGGCCUUGGGCUUGAUUCAAAGGCCCUGAAGAAGUUGAAGGGUGUUUGUAUACGAUUAUCCAUGGGUCCUUGUCUUGUGGAGGCAUGCACGUCUGCUCUUCUUGCCCAUUUCCUGAUGGGUUUACCAUGGCAAUGGGGAUUUAUACUGGGUUUUGUCUUAGGUGCUGUCUCUCCAGCUGUUGUGGUGCCUUCAAUGCUCCUUUUGCAGGGAGGAGGAUAUGGUGUUGAAAAAGGUGUCCCGACCUUACUCAUGGCUGCUGGAAGCUUUGAUGACAUUCUGGCCAUCACUGGCUUCAACACAUGCUUGGGCAUGGCCUUUUCCACAGGCUCCACGGUUUUUAAUGUCUUCAGAGGAGUUUUAGAAGUGGUAAUCGGUGUGGCAACUGGAUCUCUUCUUGGAUUUUUUAUUCAGUACUUUCCAAGCAGUGAUCAGGCCAAACUUGUCUGGAAGAGAGCAUUCCUUGUUUUGGGGCUGUCUGUGCUGGCAGUGUUCAGCAGUGUGUACUUUGGUUUCCCUGGGUCAGGAGGACUGUGCACGUUGGUCAUGGCUUUCCUUGCAGGCCUGGGGUGGACCAGCAAAAAGGCGGAGGUUGAAAGAAUUAUUGCAGUUGCCUGGGACAUCUUUCAGCCCCUUCUUUUUGGACUAAUUGGAGCAGAGGUAUCUGUUGCAUCUCUUAGACCAGAAACUGUAGGCCUUUGCGUUGCCACCCUGAGCAUUGCAGUAUUGAUACGAAUUUUGACUACAUUUCUGAUGGUGUGUUUUGCUGGUUUUAACAUAAAGGAAAAGAUAUUUAUUUCUUUUGCAUGGCUUCCGAAGGCCACAGUCCAGGCUGCAAUAGGAUCUGUGGCUUUGGAUACAGCAAGAUCACAUGGAGAGAAACAGUUAGAAGAAUAUGGAAUGGAUGUGUUGACAGUAGCAUUUUUGGCCAUCCUCAUAACAGCCCCAAUUGGAAGUCUACUGAUUGGUUUGCUGGGCCCCAAGCUUCUCCAGAAAGCUGAACAUCAAAAUGAAGAUGAAGAAGUUCAAGGAGAGACUUCUAUACAAGUUUAGAGCACUCAGGAAGAAGGAAAAAAGAAAUUACAAGACAAGCAAUUUAUUUUCAAAGGACAUGAUGUGGAAGCGGUUCUACUGGUGAUGACCAUAUCAGCUGUGAAAAGACUGAGAAACAGUCACAUCCCUAGGAGGAAGGAAAGAUCAGAUUUGGGAGCCAGAGGUACCAUCGUGUUGGGAAUACCAUCACUUAGUAGCAUAUUCUUGCAUUUUAACAAGAGCUUCCUAAAGAUAGUACCUUUAACCAAAAGAAUGACUUCUGUGGCAGGAAUUUCAGACAUUGUGAUGUGCCAGCAGAGAUGAUACUAGAAGAAAGACUUAUCUGCAUAGGUCACACUUUUUCUCACUCAACAGACCAUCUCUGCUUUUGUGCAUCACCCGUAACUUUUCCUUUACGCUAGGCCAACUACUGCCUGGUUGCUGGAAUAAUCAUGUUCAAAUAUAACUUACAGUUUUCAUCAUGUCUUUUGUAUACCUGAAUCAUUUAUUACUUAAUUGUUGUAGCCCAUCUAAACUCUUUACUUAGGAUUCAAAAUUCUAUCUGAUCUUGAAGUAGAUAUUAAAUAUGUAUCAAAUGAA